AUGCCUGUCCAAUUCCUAGCCCUGAGGGUCACAGUUGCCCUGGUCUAUGGGCUUGUGGGGGCCAUCGGCUUGCUGGGAAAUCUGGCCGUCCUGUGGGUACUGGGUAACUGUGCUCGGCGAGACCCUGGCCCACCUUCAGACACCUUUGUCUUCAACCUGGCGCUGGCAGACCUGGGGCUGGCACUUACUCUCCCCUUCUGGGCAGCUGAGUCAGCACUGGACUUCCACUGGCCCUUUGGAGGUGCCCUCUGCAAGAUGGUCUUGACCGCCACUGUCCUCAAUGUCUACGCUAGCAUCUUCCUGAUCACGGUGCUGAGUGUUGCCCGAUACUGGGUGGUGGCCAUGGCUGCAGGGCCAGGCACCCACCUCUCACUCUUCUGGGCCCGCGUGGCCACCCUGGCAGUGUGGGUAGUGGCUGCCCUAGUGACAGUGCCAACAGCUGUUUUUGGAGCUGAAGGUGAGGUGUGGGAUGUGCGACUCUGCCUGCUACGCUUCCCCAGCAGGUACUGGCUCGGGGCCUACCAGCUGCAAAGGGUGGUGCUGGCCUUCAUGGUGCCCUUGGGUGUUACCACAACCAGCUACCUGCUGCUGCUGGCUUUCCUGCGGCGGCGGCAACGGCGACGGCAGGACAGCAGGAUCGUGGCCCGUUCUGUCCGUAUCCUGGUGGCCUCUUUCUUCCUCUGCUGGUUCCCAAACCAUGUGGUCACUCUCUGGGGUGUCCUGGUAAAGUUUGACCUGGUACCCUGGGACAGCACUUUCUACACCAUCCACACCUAUGUCUUCCCUGUCACCACUUGCCUGGCACACAGCAACAGCUGCCUCAACCCUGUGCUGUACUGUCUCCUAAGGCGGGAGCCCCGGCAGGCUCUGACAGACACCUUCCGGGAUCUGCGAUCCAGGCUAUGGCCCCAGGGCCGAGGCUGAGUGGAACCAGUGGCCCUAAAGGAGGUAGGAAGGCCGUGGGUGGUGAGCACUCCCCCAGAGAGUGGCCCAUCUACCCUACUCACCAACCUGGACAAAGGGACACCCAGGUGACGGGUACAAGCUGACCGCUCUCCUGAGAUCUCGCAGGUGUAGAGUCCUCACAUCCCAAGAAGAGGCUGCCCUCUCUGCCAGGCUGCAACACUCACAGGGAAAAGUCUGAUCUUUGAUCCCCAAGAUGUGGAGAAGAUGGGGGCCCAGAUCAGGACUGUGUGUGACAAAGCUUAA